AUGAGUGAUAAAGUUACUGGAGCUAUCAAACACGCAGUCAUGGGUCACGCAAAUGACAAGAUCGAUCAGCUCAAGGCCAACACGGUCGAGCCCACCGAGAACUCAAGGAUCACAUCCGAUUACGGCGUCAAGCAGAACAAUACCGAUGAGUGGCUGCGCGUGAGCACCGAGGAUCAGACUGGCCCGGCGCUGCUGGAGGAUGCCUUCGGCCGCGAGAAGAUUCAUCGAUUUGAUCAUGAGCGCAUUCCUGAGCGUGUUGUCCAUGCCCGAGGCGCUGGCGCUUUCGGUACAUUCAGACUGUUUGAGUCCGCUGCUGAUGUGACGAGCGCUGGCAUCUUUACCGACACAUCAAGAGAAACCCCCAUUUUCAUUCGAUUCUCUACCGUUCUAGGAAGUCGUGGAUCUGCUGAUACCGUGCGCGAUGUCCGUGGUUUCGCUGUCAAGUUUUACACCCAAGAAGGUAACUUAGAUCUUGUAGGGAACAAUAUCCCUGUUUUCUUUAUUCAGGAUGCUAUGAAGUUUCCCGACUUGAUUCACGCUGGUAAGCCCGAACCGCACAAUGAGGUCCCUCAGGCACAAAGUGCACACAACAACUUCUGGGAUUUUGUGUACGGGCAUCCGGAGGCAACUCACAUGUACGCAUGGGCUAUGUCUGAUCGCACGAUUCCCCGGUCUUACCGCAUGAUGCAAGGCUUCGGUGUCAACACCUUUACCCUCACCAACGACAAGGGCGAGCGGUCCUUCGUCAAGUUUCACUGGACCCCCGAGCUAGGAGUCCACUCCCUAGUCUGGGAUGAAGCUCUGAAGCUCGCUGGCCAGGACCCUGACUUCCAUCGCAAGGAUCUUGAAGAAGCAAUUGAGAAUGGCGCGUUCCCCAAGUGGAAGUUUGGUAUCCAGGUUUUGGAGGAAUCGCGCGAGCACGAGUUCGACUUUGACAUUCUUGAUGCCACCAAGGUCUGGCCUGAGGAUCUUAUCCCCGUCCGCUACAUUGGCGAGCUCGAGUUGAACAGAACUGUCGAUGAGUACUUCACUCAGACCGAGCAAGUUGCUUUCUGUACCAGUCACCUUGUUCCCGGUGUUGGCGCCUCAGACGACCCUCUUCUCCAGGGCCGAAACUUCUCCUACCAAGAUACCCAACUCAGCCGAUUGGGCAUUAACUGGGAGGAGCUGCCCAUCAACAAGCCUGUCUGCCCUGUCAUGAACUUCAACCGUGACGGUGCUAUGCGACACACUAUUUCCAAGGGCAAGGUCAACUACUGGCCUAACCGUUUCAGCACCCAGCCCCCUGCUACUGCCCAGCAGGGUGCUUAUAUCGAUUAUCAGCAAAAGGUUGCCGGUAUCAAAACUCGCACUUUGAGCAAGAAAUUCAAGGACCACUUUUCUCAGGCCCAGCUCUUCUACAACUCUUUGUCUGAGAUUGAGAAGGCUCACGUUCAGGCCGCUUUCUCCUUUGAGUUGGACCACUGUGACGAGCCCAUUGUCUACGAGCGCUUGACUGAGCGUCUUGGUGAGAUCGAUGGUGAGCUAGCCAAUACCAUUGCCGAUAUGGUUGGUGGCAAGAAGCCUACUCAGUCCAAGCCCAACCCCGGAAAGAAGGCCAAGAACCUGAGCCAGCUGGAUUUCCUCCCCGAGACUCCCACCAUCAAGUCUCGUCGUAUCGCUAUCAUUAUUGCUGAUGGUUACAAUCCCAUCGCGUUCAACGCCGUGUAUGGCGCCAUCAAGGCUCAGAGCGCCCUUCCUUUCGUGAUCGGACCUCGCCGCUCUGCCAUCUUCUCUGCUAGCGAGGAUCCCUCAUCAUCUAAGGGCACAGUUCCUCAACAUCACCUGGAGGGACAAAGGUCCACAAUGUUCGACGCCAUCUUCAUUCCUGGUGGUGAGAAGUCGAUCCAAACCUUGUCCAAGAACGGUCGAGCUCUGCACUACAUCCGAGAGGCUUUUGGUCAUCUCAAGGCCAUCGGCGGUACCGGCGAAGCUGUUGACCUGAUCAACAAGGCUAUCCAGCUGCCCGAGGUUUCCCUCUCCUCUACAGACGGCAGUGGUGUCGUCGACAGCUACGGUGUUGUGACCUUGAAGAACGCUUCCCCUGACAGCCUCAAGGAGAUUGUCACUGUUGCUUCUGAUGCGAAGGGCUUCCUGGAGAAGUUUGUUUACAACAUCAGCCAGCAUCGUAACUGGCAGCGAGAGUUGGACGGUCUGAGCACCCAGGUGGCGUACUAA